UGACGGAGCGACCAGACCCGCGGCAGGCGUCCAGCGAGUCAGGGCGCACGCCUCGGCCGGGGAACAUUUCACAAAGCGAGCGCGCGAGUGCGUUCCUCACUCGCGCUGACUCACUCAGGUGCCAGGCAGGAAGCAGGUGGCGGUGGAUGGCACACCAGUGGCACUCGUGGCUCUCAGGAAGAACUUGGGUGAAUGUUCUAGAAAGUUAGAAUUGUAGACAUUCCAGUGAUGGAAAUAAACUUUUUCUUUUUCUUCACCGCGCACAGACUAUGGCGAUAGUGAAUAACUGAAGUAUGCAAUGAGUGGAUAAUAAAUCGCCAUGAUUUUCGGAUUACUGAAGAGAUCCCGCUUCUUCCGUUCUCUCCGGGGGUCGAUCGUAGGCGUUGAACAUGGAAGGCAGGCAGCUGAGAAGCAUGAUAUUGGACCAAAUUAGCAGCCUGUCCAUGAACUGUGACUUGAAGACGAACAUGGACCUCCAGCCCGGCGACCCUCAGGGCGGCACCACCGUGUUUCCUGUGUGCGGCAGGAGGCGGGACAGCAUCUUCGCCAGCCAAGAGGAGGACGAGUUCUGCCGUCUGGCGGGGCUUUCCAGCGCGCCCAUCUACGCGUUUGACGAGGACGGCGACAUCCUGCCACAGAGCCACCCCUUCACGCCCCACAACAGUGUCGGCAGCGCCCUCGACAUGUCCCCGUCGACGACUCAACCCGGAAAUAACGUCUACGGCGGCUCAGAAGGCGAGGACGUCGAAGGGAACGUGUUCGACACUCCGGGAGACUCGCAGGACGCGGCGCCGAGCUUCGCAGGGGGCGUCGACGAGAGAGAGAUAUGGCUGAUCGACGACGAGAGCGGGAUCGCGGACGACGCGAAGCCCCCUACGUCGCCCCUCCGCCGUCGUCCUUCGUCCUUGGAGGGAGAGAAAGAGGUCUUCGGGACGAAAGAACCGGCAGAGGACCCGCAGGAUCAGAAGGAGCAGGAAAGGGAGGAGGAGGAGGGGGUCGAGAACGGCCUCAAGAUGGGGACGUCGGCAAGAGCCAAGGGGGUGCCUACCAUCGACCUUCACGCAGCGUCCAUAGAGGUCGUGGAGGACUACCUCGAGGACAACACGGGCGACGACCAGCUGCGGGACUGCUGCUCCAUGGUCGUCUCUCAUCCAGGCGGCCCGAACUGCAGGGCGCGACCUCCGGGCGACCUCAUGACCUACCUGAGCGCCAGCCCCGCCCCCGACGCGGCCCCCCGCAGGGCGCGCGUCCCCUUCCACACCGUCGUGUUCACCGAGAGGAAGCCCUCCACGGGCGACGCCCUCAUCCGCAGCCUCGGCCUGGCGGCGCCAGGCGUCUCCGCCAGCAUCCAGGACAUCACCUCCGUCAACCAGGACGCGGCCAGAGAGCGCCUUCACCUGGAGGAGCACAGGUGGAUGCACCAGUGUACCUCUGCGGCGUCUCUCCUGAAGAAUGCCUCGAGAAGCUGGGCCUCAACUCCAACCAUGCGAAGUCCCUCAACCUGUACCCGAAGAGCGAGCGCCUCUGGCAGUUCCUCCACCAGGUGCAGACGAAGCUCUCCCGCCCACGACCUCCCAGGACGCCCUCGUAUUCAGGGCCACUGCCGGACACGCCCCCUGAUGUCUCCCCCGACCACGCCCAUCCCAGGAGUCUGGCAAAUACGCCCCCGUGCUCGCCUACUGAAGACGCGAGGCAGCCCAGGCUUAAUACCUACUGACGGCGACGGUCGUGAGGUGGUGAUAGCGAUGGGGGGGGGGGGCGAUUGGUGGUGAAUGGGGUGGUGACGACGAGGAUGAUGGUGAUGAUGUCGAAGUUGGUGGUGAUGGUGAUGAUAAGGAGGAUGACGAGGGUGAUGGUGAUGAAGGUGACAAGGAUGGUGAAUGAUGGUGGAGAAGAUGGUGAAUAUGAUGGUAACAACGAGGAUCGUGACGAAGGUGAUGGUGACUGUGAUGGUAACGACGAUGAUGAUGGUGACGACAGUAAGGAUAAUAACGACGACGACGACGACGAUGAUAAUGAAAUUAGUAAUGAAUGUUCUGGUGACGAAGGGUAUGGUGAAUGUGAUGAAGAUGAUGAAAGACCAUAAAAAAUAUAAUUAUGUGUAUGCCUCGGUGUUCGUUCGUCCGUGUGUGAUGAAUAUACUCAACAAGCUAAAACGAAAUAAAGAACAUUAUAUAACACAUGUAACGUUUGUAAAUGUUGUGACUUUUGAAUUCCAUGUUUAAUGUGAAACAUUAGGCGUGAAGACAGAACUCCCAGAGAAGUAAUAUCCUGACAGAAAUUGCUAAAAAACAAAAAAAAAGACUAAUUUAUCAAUGUAUCUUUCUCAUACUCACCUCAGUAACAUGCUUGUAUAUACCAUGGUUUAUCUAUAUUUGUUUGUUUGCAUGUCAUGCGGUGAUGUCCAGAAAUGGUGCAAUUCAGUGACGUCCAGAAGUGAUAUAAGAUCCAUGUUGAUUAUGUGGAGAAGGAGCCUUUGCAAGAGCACAGCUGACAGCGGCCCUUGAGUGGCCACAAAAUGCAUAUGCUUAUUCUGCACACCGGUCAAGGCAGUGUACGGGCAGAAGAAUAAAUAUCGUUACCCUUUCCACAAACUAAUAUGAAAAUCGACUAGAUGGUGUGGAAUAGCGAGGCAAGGUAGUUGGCAUCGUAAUCAGGUGUUAACAGAGAGGCGUUCAGCUUCUUAUUGAACACAAGUAAAGGUAACGAUAGUUUUUUUCUGACUGUACAUCAUAUAUACCUCCAUCGCCAGCCCUCCCUUGACCUCCUUACGCUGACCACUUAACCAGCCUGUCGUGUAAACCAUGAGAAUUACUCCCCUGUUAUGAUACGAAAGGUACAGUCUAGUAUCAAGCUGCUUAAUCUCAUCACACAUCGCACAGCCUUUCUUGUUCGGAAAGUAGAGAGGGUUCUACUCCAUAACCAUCCCUCCAGAGUACUUUCUACGCCUUUUAUAACAAUUGUACACUAUUUUCCUAACGUCUUAGAACAGUCACUUUCAACGGAAAGGGUUUGUAUGGUCACUUAUGACUUGUAUACAGUGGGUGUGUCAGACACGCCCGAUCGUUCAGUGUCAGUAAACAGCUCAAACUUC